UAUGACCAUUGGAGAAUGUAAUCCAACCCUACCACAUUUCUCAAGCACAAACAGAAAAAAAAGAAAAGGUGUUGUAUGUCAGAGGGAAAAUUAUAGAGUUUGUCAAAAGUGAAAAGAAGGUCGGUUUUGAUGGUAUUCUAGAAUGUUUGGAAGACGAUGGUGGAGAAACCAUCAGCUCUGGCCUAUUGGGAGCCCUGCUUCUGGGAACACUGUUGACCACGGUAUCACUCAUCAAUGGCGAUUAGCGAGGGAGGAAAGGCAUUGAUGAGAUUUCCUGCGGGGUCCACGGCUCGAAUUUUCUCUCACGCGAAAGGCACGUGGAAAGUUGAGCGGGUUUGCUUUACGAGCCAAGGUACUUCACGGGCUUGAUUCACCCCCGGGCUCCCAAACUCCGCCAGCCAUGAAAUGGCUCAUCAGCGCCACCCCUCCUCCCCACCGGCCUGGCCCCGCUUCCCGCCGGCCAUUCUCGCCAUCCUCGCCGUAAGCCUCGCCCUCCUCUACACCGCCUCCCUCCUCCUCCCCCACUCCGCCUCCCCAAACUCCACAAACCCUCGCCACCCUCCCCCUCCCCCUUGCGGCGGUGGCGGUGCCGACCUCGCCGCCGGCCGAUGGGCCCGCGAUCCCCUGCGUCCGGAUAGAUCCCUCUACGAUGGGACCUGCUCCUUCCACCGGAACGCGUGGAACUGCCUCCGGAACGGGCGGGAGGGCAUGGAGUCGAUCAACUCGUGGGCCUGGUACCCCGAUCGCUGCGGAGGAGAAGCUGUUCCUCGCAUCGAUCCCGCCGCCUUCUUGGGCUCGAUGAGGGGUCGGCGGAUCGGGUUCGUGGGGGACUCGCUGAACGAGAACUUCUUGGUGGCGUUCCUCUGUGCGCUGAGGUCGGCGGAUCGAGGGGCGCGCAAGUGGAAGAGGAAGGGGGCGUGGAGGGGUGGGUACUUCCCCAAGUUUGAUGUCACCGUGGCUUAUCACCGCGCUGUGCUGCUCGCCAAGUACACGUGGCAGCCUGCGGAACACUCACCUAACCAAGAUAAAGAUGGAGUAAAGGGGAUCUAUAAAGUUGACAUUGAUGCUCCAGCUGAUGAUUGGGUCAAUAUUACAAAGUUCUAUGAUGUCCUGAUAUUCAAUACUGGACAUUGGUGGGGCCCUGAUAAAUUUCCAAAAGAGACACCACUUGUUUUCUACAGGGGAGGAGAGCCAAUAGACCCACCACUUGGGAUCUUCGAUGGACUUAAAGUAGUCCUUGAGAGAAUGAUCUCUUACAUAGAGAAGGAAGUUCCCAAAAAAACCCUCAAGUUCUGGCGUACUCAAUCUCCUAGGCACUUUCAUGGUGGAGAAUGGGAUCGCAAUGGAAGCUGCUUAUUCAGCGAACCCCUCAGAGAAAGUGAGCUUGAUUCAUGGUUUGAUCCCAGGAAUAAAGGAGUAAACAAAGAAGCAAGGGAAGUGAACUCUCUGAUCAAACAGGCAGUACUUGGUGCAGACAUAAAGUUGCUCAACUUGACUCAUCUAAGUGAGUUCAGAGCAGAUGCUCAUCCGGCAAUCUGGUUGGGAAAGAAGGAUGCUGUGGCAAUCUGGGGUCAGGACUGCAUGCAUUGGUGUCUUCCUGGACUGCCUGAUAUUUGGGUUGAUGUCUUGGCAGCACAAAUCCUAUACAAUAUGGAAGCAGGGUGACAUGUGGCUAAAAAGUUGAAGUCCGCACUUUGCAAUUACUCAUUUAAGAAUAUCGUCAAUUUCCCAUUGCAAAUUGCAGGAAUUAUUGCUUCUUAUUUGAAUCAUCUAAAAUUCAGUGUUCUUUGCAGUUCUGUCGAGGUUCUUUUCAAGAGGAAACAAAUGUGAAAUUCAUGAUACCAAACUUUCCUCCUGCUUUCUUUGUGAAGCUGAUGGUGAUAUUUUUUGGCAGUGGGUCAGCUAUAUUGUUGAAUAGCUCAUGACAUGUUCUGCAGUGUAGCCAAUUCAGCCCAAUAGCCUGAUGGGACUGAGUAGAACCUAGCAGUUUUCCGUCUAAAAGGGCUUGCACAUGAUGACAGGGAAACCUUUUCCAUGGGCUUUUGGAUACUUGAUGCAUAUUUUUCUACCCAUGAACCGAAGAGUACUAAAAUUUUUCUUUUGUUCGAGUAUAAGUUUUUCUUUUUUCAUAUGUUAUAAUAGAACAAUGCUGUAUUUUCUUGUGCCUCAUAAAAUGAUGGCAGGUUUUGAGCUUUGUGAUUCUUCCAUCAUAUAAUAUUAUAUGGUGCACUGACUAAAGUGUCAUGCAUGAGUUUCAAAAACUAGUGUAUCAAAGUUCCAGCGAGUUGAAUUGUAUUUUCCAGUCAUUGAUGUU